UUACCGAACCUUAAGCCACAAACCUGUUCUACCGGACCAAUGCGUGUUAUUUUAGACGUUUACGAAAUAUAUAUUUAAAUAUUUUAAACCCUGCCUACCACCCCAAGGUGUGCCACUUCAUAACCGGAGCCUUUUAAACUCUUUACCUGAACGGAUGUGGUGCUUUACGAGUCUCUCGUGAAAUUAAUUUCCUUUUUACCUCACGCAAAUUUUUCAUUCGAAGUUUUAAUAAUUUUUUUCUUAUUUGUCACACACAAAGUAUAGACAGUCGCGUUCGAUUACGUUAUACUCUUUAAAAUAUCUAUCUAUCAUAAAUAUUGAACACAAAAAUCUUUGACAAGAAGCUGAGGAGAAAAACCCAAACUAAUGGCGGGAAAACUUCUCCUGAACUUUCUGCUGGGGUCGAGCCUCUGUGUGGCGAUGGCAUCGGCACAGAUCCCAACCGCUGGAUCUCCGAUGGCCAUUGCAAAUACGGCUUACUACCGGGCAGCGAACAGCUACAGCUCGCUCACCUUCAAAAUCCCCAACUGCUUGCAGACGAUAGACCAGAAUGUGGAUCAGAUCAUGAUCGUGGCGAGAAAAAACACCGAAGCGCCAGUCCCAGAGAUCACCACGGACACCUCCUUUCCUGCCGGCGUGUACGUGGUGGACAAGUUUGCCGUGCCGCCCUGCAAUCUGGGCUCCAACAUGGACUCGGUUUACCGGCUGGGCGCCAACGCCAAGAGCCUCCCGACGUGCGUCUCGGUCCCGCAGCCUCCCACAGUCAUCACGGAGUGCAACCCACCCCUGGCCAACGGCACGCAGUACAGGGUAAAUGCCAUACUCUACGUUGGACAACUCGCUGUCAAACAGCUCGGCUGGUCAGACUCGGCCAGCACAAUCUCAACACGUAUGUCGCGCGAUGACAUCCCCUUGCCGCCUGGAGGCCGCUCGGGAGGGAUGAUCGUGAUCACGGUGAUCCUCACCGUCCUCAUGGCCCUGCUCAUCGUCAUCCUCGUCGGGGCCAUACUCAGCAGCAGGAAGUGAGAGGUGCCGAGGGGAUGUGGGCCCCCCCCCCAAGCCGCCCCGUCCCCCCCCCCCCCCUCCAGCCAUCUCUGUAACGUUUCCCCCGGGGGUAGGGGGGGCAGGGGGGACACCUUCACCACUUUGACGGUGAAAACCUUUACGAAGUGAGGCUUAAAACGAUCAAGCCGAACGGGCGUGCGUGUGUGCGCGUAUGUGCAUGUGUGUGCGUGUGUGUGCGUGCGCGUGUGUGUGCGCGUUUGUGUGCGCGUGUGUGCGUGUGUGUGCAUGCGCGUUUGUGUGUGCGUUUGUGUGUGCGUGUGUGUGUGCGUGUGUGUGUGCGUGUGUGUGUGCGUUUGUGUGCGCGUGUGUGUGCGCGUGUGUGUGUGCGUGUGUGUGUGCGUGUGUGUGUGCUCGUUAACAGCACUUGCCGCAACAGUCUGUUCAGGGCUAUAGGGCGGGGAGAGGGGCGGUGGGGGAUCUUUGUAUUUUGUAAGCAGAUCUUCAUCCGUCACCGUGUGUCUACGUAAUAUAUUGAGGGGGGUAGCGACUUGGGCCGGCCGUUCAAACCACCACCACCCCCCGCCUAACGCUGCGAACAAUUAAUACAUUAUACAGGGUGCUUCAAAAUAAUGUUAACACUUACAUGGGACGAUCGUUUUUAAUGGCAAAAGAACGCAUAAUGAUAAUACACUGUAAACAUGAUAACAAAUGUGAUGUUAAUAGCUUCAAAGAGUCUCCCGCUUGUUCGCCAUCGUUGUCAACGCGUGCCUGGAAUCUUCUCCAGGUGGUCUCCAGAGCCAGGAGGCGGCGCAUGUCUCGUGGUGUUGUUGCAAAUUCUCAGAAGUGUUAACAACUUUUUUUUUUGAAGCACCCUGUUUAUGUAAUUGUUAAACAUCCCGCACGCACCCGCGAGAUAUUCGGCAAAGAGGUGCGUAGGACACCAGGUCUGCCAGCGCCGCGGUCCAAAUUGCCCCCAAAAAAUAAAAAUAAAAUUUUUUUAAACAAGCACUUUUGGUCGGGGUAAAGCCGCCACCUCCCCCCAACACCCCACGACCCCUCCACUCCCACGCAUGGCGACAAUCGGCAAACUGGUGGCAAGGGCCAGGGCCUUCAAACCCAAGCAGCACACGUGCGACGGUGGAAUUGCACCUGGAGAGCGGGAGAGGUGGGGGGGCUACACGGACAAUAGAGAGGUCAAGAGGUCAACCACCUCGCCUGGUACACAGGAGGGCGUGGGUUCGAUCCUGACCCUGACACCAUAUUUGGAGUUUGCGUGUCUCUCUCCCCGUGGUGGCGUGGAUUUUUCACGUUUAGAAACACGCGUUGACUGCAUUUCGCUGCUGCUAUGAAUGUCCACGUGAUGAUUAAGAGCCACUUCUGUUGAGCUAUCAUGUUGCGAUAGCCAGGCUGAAAACGAUCUACAUAGCUCAAUGGGGCUUUACCUGAUAAAAGAAAAAAUAUUAUAGUUUAAUAGUUUGAACACGGGACGUCUCAAACGAGGCGUUGCAGCGGUCGAUCCCGCGAAAGUAAAAAAACACUCCACGGACCGGCGGCCUUUCUCUCUCUCUCCGUAAUCCUCACGGUCCAACUUUGUCAAAAAAAAAUCUGAAAACAAAAAUUAUUUUCACUAAAUGAGUUGAUUGGGAAAUGCACGACGACGUUGUCAGCCCCCUCACCCGACCACCAGCGGCUGCCAGGCUGACCCCGUCUGUUAGACACGACGGAGCCUCGCUUCAUUGAUGAGCCUCGCUUCAUUGAUGAGCCUCGCUUCAUUGAUGAGCCUCGCUUCAUUGAUGAGCCUCGCUUCAUUGAUGAGCCUCGCUUCAUUGAUGAGCCUCGCUUCAUUGAUGAG